AUGGAUAAUGAGUGUGUGGAAAAUUCCAAUGUUGAGUGUUUAGAAGACCAUGAGAUAGUUGAUGAUGUGUCUAAUGAUUUAGAACCAAAUUCAGAAAAUUCCAAGUCGCCUGAAGCUAAUAUUUGUCCUAUUGUUGAUAUGGAAUUUGACUCCAUUGCGGAUGUAAAAGAAUUCUACACAUCAUUUGCCAAGAAAGAAGGUUUUGGAGUUCGUGUUCGGUCUACUAAGCAAAAUUUUUGCAUGUUUGUAUGCGCUAAUGAAGGUACACAUAUAAUGAAGGGUGAAAAUGAAGAAGGGAAGAGAAAGCGUUCAACCUCAAGAACUGAUUGUAAAGCAUCACUUACUGUUUCAAAAGCAGGGAAGAGAAGUAAAUGGGUUAUAAAAAGGAUAAACAAUGUUCACAAUCAUGGAAUGGUUAGUCCUAAGAGUGUGGCCUAUCUUCGGUCUCAUAAGAAAAUGACUACAACAACUAAAAGCCUCGUUGGAAGUUUGAUGAAGAAGGAGUACCUACAGGGAAAGUUGCUACAAUGUUUCAGGGUGAAGAUAAUGCUUUUUCUAGUUGGGAUUGCUGGAAUCAUCUUAGAAAUCUAUGAAGAAGAAAUCUUGAUGUGGAAGAUGCUCAAGCUAUGCACUUUUUUUGCCGGCAUGAACACUACACAAAGGAGUGAGAGUAUUAAUGCCUUUUUUGAUUCUUUUGUUAAUUCUUCAACAACACUACAAGGUUUUGUAGUUAAAUUUGACAAGGCAAUGGAUAGCCGCUAUGAAAAACAAAGAAGAGAGGAUUUUGAAUCAAGGCAUCGAUUGCGACUCGUAGUUGUUAAGUCAAAAAUUGAGGAGCAUGCAGCAUCAAUAUAUACAAGAAACAUUUUUGGGAAGUUUCACGAUGAGUUUAUAAAGAUUAUUCAAUUUAGGAGGGAAAAACUUGAAAAAUAA